CUCGGGGCCGUCUGAUCAAAGAGGCUCCAGGAAGGGGGUGGUCCCGACAGGGGGACAUAAAUAGCGAGCCGGGAGCUGGAGGUUAAGAGAGAAGGAGAAGCGGAGUAAAGAAGGGCGGUGGAGGAGGCGCUGAAGUGCGGAUGGGAAUAAAGCUGCGGGAACUUUAGCGCUGAGAGUUUAGUCUGAAUCCUCCGCGCAAAAACUGAAGAAGAGAGAUUUUUAUUUUUGCACAAGUUUGAUUUCUUUUCUGUGAUCUGUAUCGGUACUCGAGCAAACACUGGCACUGGAUUUCUGCUAGAUUUCUGUUUUUAUCAGGUUCUGAUUUUUGCCAUUUUUAACGCGAACCGCACAUUUGAUCUGGACUUUUCGUAAUAGAAAUAUUUUUUAAAGUUUUGCUCUUUUUCUCAGGACUUUUUUUGCGUUCUUUUGCAACUUUUUACAACUUUCUAACUUUCUACAAACGUUCCUGUUCGCUUCAGUUCAACUUUCUGAAGGAAUAUGUUGAGUUUACUGCUUGUGCUCCUCGCUGCCGCUUGCACUGUGGUGUCAGCGCAGGGCGCGUGGGAGGAGACCACCGUGGUCCCGGUACGUCUGGAUGCCACUGACACCGAUGCCGACUCCCAGAAGCUCGUGUACCAGCUGGACGUGUUCGGCAAGCGGACGGUGCUGGAGCUCGAGCCCGACCGGACGUUCCUGGCGCCCGGCUUCGUCUUCCACGAGAUCGGCAAAACCGAGGGGAACCGGGAACCGGACAGUGCCGGUCAGGAGCGCUGCUUCUACUCGGGGACGGUGCGCGGAGAACCGGAGUCCGCCGCAGCCAUCAACGCGUGCGACGGGCUGAGAGGCGGCUUCUACACCGGCGGCGAAGAGUUCUUCAUCCAGCCCGUCGGCGCCAACGCCUCCACCGCGGACCUGCACGUUAUCCGCCGGAGGAGCCGAGCGGGGGCCGCCGGCUCCAAGUGCGGAGUCAACGAGGAGGAGGAGAAGGUUCCCGAGCACAAGGAGCCCGGAUCAGAUCAGCGGAGCAGCCCGACGGACUCGCAAGCACACCAUCGAUCCCGUCGCUUUGUGUCCACCCCACGAUACCUGGAGAUCAUGAUAGUGGCAGACAAGUCUAUGGCCGACUUCCACAAAGAGGGUCUGAAGCCUUACCUGCUGACUAUAAUGGCAGUUGCCUCUCGCCUUUACCGCCACCCAACCAUCCACAACUCCAUCUCACUGGCCGUGGUGAAGCUGCUGGUGGUGCACAAUGAAAAACAUGGACCAGAUGUUUCUCAAAAUGCUGCUCUCACCCUGAGGAACUUCUGCCAGUGGCAAAGGCAGCACAACCCUGCAAGCGAUCGCCACCCGGAGCACUAUGAUACAGCAGUGCUGUUCACAAGACAGGAUCUUUGUGGAGCUCACUCUUGCGACACACUGGGCAUGGCCGAUGUUGGCACAGUAUGUGAUCCUGACCGGAGCUGCUCUAUAAUCGAGGAUGAUGGACUGCAAGCAGCCUUCACUGUGGCACAUGAGCUUGGUCAUGUGUUCAACAUGCCCCAUGACGAUGCCAAACAGUGUGCUAGUGUCAAUGGUGAUCAUUGGAGUUCUCACAUGAUGGCUUCUACUCUUUCCAACCUGAAUCAGUUGCAACCCUGGUCUCCUUGUAGUGCCCUGAUGGUCACCUCCUUCCUGGACAAUGGCCAUGGCCAGUGUCUGCUGGACAAGCCCCAGAAACCUCAACAAUUACCCCAGGCUCUGCCAGGUUCUGAGUAUGAUGCUGACAAACAGUGUCGUCUCACAUUUGGAGAAGAGUCACAGCAUUGUCCCGACCUGAGCACCACCUGUGCAGCUUUGUGGUGCACUGUUACUACUUCCAGCGGUCUGCUGGUGUGCCAAACCAAGAACUUUCCAUGGGCUGAUGGAACACCAUGUGGGCAUGACAGCUACUGCAUGGCAGGCCAGUGUCUGAGCAAGAGUGAAGCCGCUGCCUAUCAGACUCCAGUCAAUGGUGGAUGGGGAUCUUGGGGAGAUUGGGGAGAUUGCUCACGCACCUGUGGUGGUGGUGUACAGUACUCUUUCAGAGACUGUGACAACCCCUUACCCAAGAAUGGAGGCAAAUACUGCGAAGGGAAAAGAAUUCAGUACAGAUCCUGCAAUACCGAAGCCUGUCCUGACACCAAUGGUUUAACCUUCCGAGAAGAGCAGUGUUUGGCUCACAAUGACCUCUCCUCCCAAGUGUCAUUUGGCUCUGGUGAAGGUGUUGAGUGGGUGCCGAAGUACGCUGGGGUAUCACCCAAGGACCGUUGCAAGCUGGUUUGCAGGGCAAAGGGAACAGGCUACUUCUUCAUUCUCAAGCCAAAGGUGGCUGAUGGAACACCCUGCACCCCAGACUCCACCUCAGUCUGUGUCCAAGGCCAGUGUGUCAAGGCCGGAUGUGAUCGUGAGAUUGGCUCAAACAAGCGGUUUGAUAAAUGUGGCGUUUGUGGAGGGGACGGAUCCACUUGCAAAAAAGUGUCUGGAUCACUGGAACGUGCAAGGCCUGGCUAUCAGGAUGUGGUGAUAAUCCCUGCCGGUGCCACCAACCUUGAUGUCAAGCAGCGGUCCCCCGGUGGCCGCCGCCAAGACAACAGCUACCUGGCAGUCCGUCGGCAAGACGGCACCUACCUACUAAAUGGUGAAUACAAACUUACAACACUGGAGACUGACAUCUCCCUGCGAGGGGCACUUCUGCGCUACAGUGGUUCCUCAGCCUCUCUAGAACGUAUUCGCAGCUUUGCUCCUCUUCCAGAGCCACUAACAAUCCAGGUACUGUCAGUAGGGGACUCUCCUCGUCCUCGUGUGAAGUACAGCUACUUUGCACCACGUCCUGCUUCUAGUCCAUCUGGCUCAAAACAGCGUUCCAUCAACGCCAUCGGAGAAGCUGGAGGUGCAGAGUGGACCCUGCGCGAAUGGGGACCCUGCUCACAGACCUGCGGCGAAGGUACACAGAUGAGGGACGUGCUCUGUCUUGAUGCUCAGGGCAGACCGUCGAAAGACUGCCCUGAAGAGCUGCGACCUCCUUCCUCUCGGCCUUGUGUCAUGCAGGCUUGCCCGUCCUGGCAGGUGGGAGAGUGGUCAGCCUGCUCCAAGACCUGUGGUCGAGGCUUCCGGAAACGUUCAUUGCGCUGCGUGGGGCACAAUGGUCACACCUUGUCCCACGACAGCUGCAACGCAAAGGAUCGGCCUCGACCCCUACUGGACUUGUGCAUUAAUAGUACCUGUUAAGACUGGUUAGGACUAAAAGCAACCUCGAAUGACUGUAAUCCUGCUAGUUGCAUCUGAAGCAGAGCAAUGCAGGUUCUUGGGAUCCAAAGGGCCCCCCUUAUGACGGUGACUGCAAAUCCCACCAUCUAGUGCUACAACUCCCACUCCUCCAACACUGGGAACAGGGCACAAAGCUGGCACACUGUGUACCUGUAAAAAAAAAAAAAAGCUAAGAUGGAGGAAGAGUUUAUGGACGCUACAAGGACACGUGUGCUGCUUACGGUGCUGUUGUCGUGCCAUGAGUGUGUUUUAAAUUGAAUGAUUGUAUGAAAAGCUCUAGUUUAUGUAUUUGUACUGUCUGUCUGAGCUGGACUAGACAGACAGGGUUGCUUCCCUGCAGGAACGAUUAUGAGAGGAUUCACAAAGGUGCAUUGGCUACAGUAGAAAGCAGUAGUUGGGACUUAGCAAGGGAAACCUUUAUAAAGGGCCAACAGUUGGUACUCCUGCUACUAAUUCCGACAUUUUUGUUACUAGCAUACCGAGCACAUAUUUUACAGAUGCCUUCUUGCCAAAACCCACUCCGCACCUCACCUCACCUCACGUAGACACAAAAGCUGCUAUUCCUUUUAGCUACAGCUAGUACACACAGUUAGCGCACAGGUUGAUAAUGCUGUCGUUUUCAAAGCCAUACCCUAUCAUGAGGGAACAAAAAAAUGGAGAGGAGAGAGUCCAAAGAUCACGGUUUCUGUAUCUGAGGAGUGAGUGCUGGUGUGUUCUGAAGAGUGAGCGAAGAGUGCGCGAGAGUUUGAAAGAGUGACUGUGUGAAUGUCUGUGUGAGGGCAUAUUUUGGAGAUGGGUGAGGGACUUCUCUCCUGCUACUACUUCAUAAGUAAGUCUCUCGUGCCUUCCAAGAAGGUGUCAUCUUAAAGACGUAUUUCUUUGUUGUUGUUGUUGUUGUUUUUUGUACAGAAUAUCCAACACUUAUUUAUUUUUGUACAGCCUGUUUAAUAUAAUCUUGUGGCUUUUCUAUUAUUAUUGUAUUUCUAUUUGUUAUUAUUAUUAUUGAAAUAACAGAAGGAUGUAUAUUAUAUUAGAGUAUUUAUACAGUUAUUAUAAAUGGUCUUAGGUUUAUGAAUAAAGUAUCACAUUGACCUGUGAACUGUCA